AUGUUCGGCUGGGGUCCUGGGCUGGCCUUACCCUCGGCGAGUUCAGAGCCUGAGAAGGAACGCAAUCCACCCUCCAUUCCAACCCCGCUAGAUUUCCCCGUCUACAACCUCCCCAACGUUGUCCCGCACGAUGCCGACUCAACGCUUCCCGACCUCUUCGGCCUGCUGGCGGAGAUCAAGCGCCCACAGGAUAUCACCAUAGAUCGAUUCAAGCCGUUGAAUGUCCAGGUCGACUCCGAUGUCGAUGUCCGCCACAUGUUCCCGGCCGAACAGGCCCAGUCGCUACCCCCACUGCCCUGGGAAGACGAGUCGGAAACUCAACCCGCCGCCGCCAACAAGACCCAAAGCCAGGAUAACGAUCAAGCGCGCCCGCUGAUGAGCAAUGGUCUCCCCUAUCCGGCCAAAGACCGCUUCGAGACCCUAAAGAAUGAAUUGUCGCUGGAUAACGAGGAUACCUUCCGCGAGAUGGCCCGGUUGCCACCUCGUGAGGGUCGCACUCGUGUGCGAGUGACCCAGACCAGGAAGUUCUGGACAGGUCUGGAGCACAUGUCGCAGUAUUGGGAUACAAGUCUGGACAACUAUUUCGAGCGGCCGGCGUCACCAACGCCUGCAGCCUCGGUGGAAGGAGAUGGUGAUGACAAGAUGGACACGGACGACGCAUCCGAUGAUCUCGGCGAGCCGGGUCCAGCAGAGCCCACAAUGGACGUGGACCAGGAGGAGUCCGUGGUCAAUACUCCGGCUCUGUCCAAUGGCACGGCCAACGAAGGCAGCGAGCAGGCCUCCCCGCCAACGGUGAAAAAGUACACAGGCCGGCGUGUCGGGGCAGGCAGCGAAAUGCCCGACGACAUGCGCGACGAGACCAUCCGCGCGUUCGUGGAGAUGAUUGCCUGGCCCUUCGGCUGUCAGGUCACCAUUCCCACCCUCCCACCGCGUCUCACCGUCCAAAGCCUCCUCUUCCCCGUCCGUCAAUCCUUCCACGCUGCCCGCUCCCCUCGAGAUCGCACCGUCGCCCGCAGCGGUAUCCUCGAAGGACCGGUUCUCAUCGCACAAUGUAGGCCGGAAACUGGGUUCCGUGCGGCGAGUGACGCACCGGGCGCUGGCUUUGGUGAGAUAUGCGACCUGUUCCGCGAAGUGGGCGGAAUGCUGCUGGCAGCGCAGGAGCGGGCACGUGAGGGGGCCAUCGAGUUGCGAUCCGGUGAGGGCAAGUGGUGGACGACGGCGCCACGGUUCGGCGGAGCGCCGAACGAUGGGAUCCUGGAUGAUCUAGUCAAGGGCGCGCACGGGAUGCACGGGAUGCCAUUACCAGACUCGAUGCUCGAAGAAGGGGGUGUGAAGCCGUCCUCGCCAGCAGAGGAGCUAGAGGGCUCGCGCAAGCGGCACAAGUAUGAGCAUCCAUUCGUUACAUCGCUGGCACGCCGACCAAGUGCGAUGCGGAAGUUGUCUAGCAGUGAGAAAUGGAAGAUUUUGCAACCUGGUCCCAGUUUGUGGGAUAAACGAAUGCGGUAUAUGCAGAUUGGCAAAGCGAAGGAGAGUCCAUUUGAUGAUAUUUACAUGGUCUCCUCCAUCAACCAUCACAUCUCCAUCCUGCACCUCCGCAUCCACAAACGCUACCUCGACGUCCUCACCAACGGCUCCAGCGCCAUCAUCCCCGACUCCAACACUGACCAACCCUGGCACGUCCUCAAGCUACAGCGCACCAGGUGGUAUGAUCUGCUCGACGGGUCAGACCGUUUAGAAGCGCUAAAAGCCGUGUGGGCACUAUUCCAUUACCAGGUGCGGCCGACCUAA